GACAUAAGUCAUUAGGCACCGUGACCGAUCUUGGCGUAUGGGGAAAUGAGAAUGUAGCGCCUUAUAUGUCCGAAAUAGGGUCAACAGGGUCAAGAGUGCCCCUGACCACGAGUGACCACUAUCCCUCCAAGUAGAACAAAUUCUUGCAUCGUCGGUAACCGUCGGUAACGAACCGAACGUUCGUAGUGGAAGUGCGUAAGUUUUCCGAAUUGGUUAGGGAAGCAUUAGGAUCACUCGACAGAUAUUAAGUUUCCUCAUAUUUUGACAAAUAAUGGUGUUCAUGAUAUUCCGCUAUUGCAAGUUCUAGUUUGGAUUCUGAUGAACUUCGCAACGCGCUCUGAGGGUGAUGUUUCUAGUAGAAUGCACAUUUUAACUGUUUUACGCCCUUUCUCGCCUGUUACACAUACCAAUCCGACUUAAGGAAGUGAGAACUGAUGGUCCAUAUUGAAUUGGUUGAAGUUGCAGGGCACACAAAUGCAUUUUUUGCGGCUCUGCAAUGUAAAUUUGUAGAGUAUGUUGCUGUUUAUAGGACGUAACUCCGUGCAGUCUGGUAGCCAGUUAACGACGUUUUGGAAGCAAGAGGUUCACUGAAAAUGAGUGAACUAGCUGCCUUCAACUGAGCAACAACUACACAACUUGUAAUAAGACAUUAAGCUUCAUAAUCUCUGCCGGCCUCUACUGUGAGAUGAAAGAAGUCCAUCUCAGUGUGUUUGUUCACAAUAAUUAGUAUGUUUGCUUACAGACAUGAGCAAAUAUUCAGAGCUAGGAAUGCUGAGAAUUCUGCUACAGAGAGCUGAAGAAAAAUUUCCUGCUGUGACAGAAAGGAUGAACUGUACCAAUUCAGAGAAAGUCUUAGUUGGUCCAUAUGGUGAGACAUACCCAGCAAGUCAUGAUGCAAACUGGGCCAUGAUUAUAAAAGCUAAGGGAGACUCAGAUGCAGAAGAGGAAGCGGAUCCUGUACAAACUACAGUUCAGGAGAUAAAGGCUGAACCUGAGAACUGUACAAAUUCAGAGAACGCUUUAGUGGUUCCACAUUGUGAGACAUACCCAACACCUCAUGAUGCAGAUCAGGCCAUGAAUGUAAAAUCUGAGGCAGUCUCAGAUGCAGAAGAGGAAGAGGAUCCUGUCCUAAUAACAUUUCCAGAAAUAAAGGCUGAACCCGAGGUGAGCUGUAUGUGCUCUGUUAGGCAGAUAACACAGAUGUGCAGAAAUGCUGCUUGUCUUUCUGAUAUCCAUCUCUGUGAACAUGAAACAUCCCCACCGUGCGGUUGACUAGAUUAUGAAGAUUUUUUUUUUCCUGAAAUGUUUCUAGGCAACUGUACUAUGUUGAAUGUUGCGUGUGAUGUACCACUCCACUAAGCAGUGCUUUGUUACUACAUCAUAGAGUUCCCAGGAUCUAUAAGUGCUGAAGUUUAUCAUUUAUUUGUUUUCUGUCUUCAAUGCAGUCUGUAUCCAUGUAAUAACAUAGAGCUGUCGUUAUGUUCAGGUUUCUUUAUAGCUUUGUGAUAAUGUUUGACAGAUUAUAGACACGUGUUGCCUGUUGCUCUUUGUUUGAAGUAAAUUUAAUAUACCUGACUCUGUUGGAGUUGCGUCUGUACCUGCUGUCAGGUGAUUGGUUGUCAUGACAGAUUUUUUGUUGUUUUCGGUUAGACAGAAAGGCGACUAAACGUUAGAUACAGAGAAUGUGUAAGAGGUAUAAAAACCAAUAGUGAAGAAUUGGCAUUGGCAACACAUCCUAAAAUAUAGACGCAGUUGUGGUGAAGUGGAGUUUACAGUGGAUGUAAUUAAACACAAAUAAAGCUAGUAAUGAACAUCAAAGAAAAUUUCUACAUCUACAUAUAGACGGAGGUUCUUACUUUUCUCGGCCAGUUCACAGCAACUGAUGCACCACUGGCUGCAAGGUGUAUACAAAUUUUGCCAAUGAAUCAGUAUGCCUGUGGCCAGUUACGUUUGAAAUAAAGUAUACAAUUCACAGGCCACAGAAGUUGUUGAAAAUGCUGUCACCCUACAUGUAGACAUUCCUUGCACCAGCAGAAGGGGUUCUGUUUAACCCUUAAAGCUAUUGUGCCAAAAUUUUUGCUAUUUCCCUAUGAAUUUUUUUUUAGUUCUUCCUUAUGGUGUUUACUGUUUGAAACUUUGUCCUGCAAACAACCACACAAGAAAAUGUCUAAGAAUUAAGGUUGGGUGAAUAUGCCUGCCAAAUACCAGUGCUGAUAUUUCUGUCCCCGAAAGUACCAGGCAAAGCUUGCAUAGACAUAUGUGAAAUGUGGGCAGUAGCUUAGUCUUGCUGAAACCAACCAUAGAGUCUUUUUUUCUUUUGUAACUCUCAAAAGAAUUAUCUGAGA